AUGGUGUCGAAGGAAACCGCGAAACACGAUAAAGACGACGAGAGGGUGCCAGAGCAGGUGAAGCAGCCGAUGCUGACGGCGAAGCAACGUUUGAAGUUGCAGUUACACCGAGAACAACAACAGAAAGAGAACAACAAGUGUAGCACUCAACAACCGAGGAGGAGUGUAAACACCUCAGAGGAGAUCGAGCCGACGAUAUCACCAAUGGUUUCAAACGUUUCGAAAGAGAGCGCGCGAGUGAUGGAACACUCGAAAUCGCACCCGAGGAUGUUGAAAUCAAACGCGACGUCGCACGUUUGGGCGUUGGGUGCGUUGGCGGAGUUAUUGGAUAACGCGCAAGAUCGCGAGUGCGGCGCCGGGAAAGUGGAAGUGGACGCGUAUGUUCGCGAUGGGAAGUACGUGAUGACGGUACAAGACGACGGGAGAGGGAUGACUCGAUCUGGAUUGAAUAACAUGUUAUCGUUUGGUUUUUCCGAUAAAGAGCACGUAUCUGGGAACGUUGGAAGGUUUGGAAUCGGUUUCAAAUCAGGAUCGAUGAGAUUAGCCGACGACGCGUUGAUUUUGACGAAAAGAGACGGGUACGCGCACGCGGCGUUGUUAUCCCAAACGUUUUUGGACUCCGUCGCCGCGGACGAUAUUUUGAUCCCGAUGUUCUCUUUCACGUUGUUAGAAGGCGACGGAGUAAACUACGUCCCGUUCGAGCCAAGUGAUCAGAGCGAGUGGACCAGCAACACGGUCAUCUUCGAGAAGUAUUCACCGUUUAAUGCGACAACGCUCAUGAAAGAGUUUGAUAAGAUUCAAGGUUCUCACGGGACUCGAAUUAUCUUGUUCAACUUACGAAAGCGCGAAAACGAAGACUCGCAUCUCUACGAGCUCGACUUUUGCACUUGGAAUGAUAUUCGCAUCUCUGACCACACGGCAGAAAAUACGCGCAAGCAUCGAGGCCCGGUCUUUCAACAAAAUCGAGACGGUCAACUCGCGACGACAGACGUUCCCGAAGAUUACUCCAUGAAGGCCUAUAUGGAGAUUCUUUACUUGCGACCUCGAUGCGCGUUCUACUUGCGCGGCGAGAAGAUUGUUCCUCGCUGUCCAAUCUCUCGAUUGACGAAAGAAUAUUACGUCUUUCCGGAAUACAAACCGAAAGGUUUCGCAGACGGAGUUACUGUCCAUUGCGGGUACGUCGAAGGAAACUCCAAGUUGUGCGGCUUCCACAUUUACAACAAAAAUCGUUUGAUUCGCAUGUACCAACGCUUUUCGAGUCAGUUGCAAGCGAACUGUAUGAUGAAAGAUAUGCUCGGUGUCGUCGAGGCGGACUGCGUGGAACCGACGCACAACAAGCAAGCCUUUAAAGAAAACGCGUUGGCAUAUCAUCGCAUGAAAUCGCACGUCGCAAAAUGCAUGAACGAUUACUAUUUCGGCAUUCAACAGCUUCGUUCUGCCGGUAAGCACGGACGCGAACGCGUCGUCGAUAAUGCUUAUGUAAGACGGAAAGGAAAGCUAAGCGAUAGGAAAGGGAAGAAACGCAAAGCGAAGGAGCAAAGCGAGGACGUGAGUGGUGUCACGCUCACUGAGAACGAAACCAGGGUGAACGCGCCACUUUAUAAGUACAAGAUAAUCUUACAAAAGUUGAUGAACGAUCGAAAAUACUCAUUUCCGUUCUUAGAAAAAGUCGAUCCGGUCGCGUUGAACAUUCCGGACUAUUUCGACGUGAUAUCCGAUCCCAUGGAUUUUGGGACGAUUUUCAAACGUUUAGAACCGGAGGAUGAAAAAGGCGUUCCCAUCGAACCGACGUAUUACACGAACGAGAGUGAUCCAGAAAUAUUCGCCAACGAUGUGCGUUUAGUGUUUGCGAAUGCGUUUAGGUACAACCAACCGGGUACUUUCGUAUACGUUUGCGCGGAAAAGUUAGCGCAAAUAUUCGAGCGCGAAUGGAGCCAGAAGUUUCCGGCUUCAUCUUACAGCGCGGGUGCCAAGUUCGAGCCAACGGUGUUGAGAAAUCGCGUUUACGAGUUCAUCGAGCGCAAAAAAGCGCGCAAAAACGAGAACCGUAUUGCCGAAAAAACCAACGACGGCAGUGGCGACGCCGAAGAAGAGUUUGAUAUCGAGAAAGUUCUCACACAGUACGACGAUACGGCGAAGAGAAGAUGGAUGGAAGCAAGACUCAAAGAGACUCUCGAGAUGAAGCAAAAGAUGCAUAAUCAAUCCAUGGUGGUCGUCAGGCAGCAAAAUCACAUCGCAGCUCUCGUAGACACGUUGAAAGAUACGCAAAAAGACGUCUCGGAAGUUACGAAGAGAAAACAAGGCGCUGUAAGAAGCGAUAACAUCGCCAACAGGGAAAAAUACGCAUCUGAACAAACGAUGCUCAUCAAGCAAUUGAACGCGGCGCAGGAGAAAAUCACAGAGCAACACGCACAAAUAGAGAAACUUCGAAAGAAGGCGCAAGCGAAGAAUGGUCAUCGAUUGAACCAAACUAUUGAACCCUUACCAGAAGGCGUACCUGCGGCGGGCGUAGAUACGAAAGAAAUUUUACAAGCCUUGCGUUCCGCAACAGUAAAGCUCGCAAAUCAGUACACGUUGAUACAGCUUUUGCGGACACGUCAAAAAAUACUCGAAGAUCAGUUGACAGCAGAGCAGGAGCGAGCUAAAAAAGUCCAGGCUAUACUGUCCUUGGAUAUUAGUAAGGAUGUGUCCGAGAAACGCGUGGAGAAGACGAAGCAACCGCAACACAAAGCGUCGCCGACGACGACGGUAAAAACGUCACACGAACAAACGACACCGUCUAAAACGCAAAGUUUACGCGUCAAAAAGAUCAACACGGUCGCUUUCGAGCAACCAGCGCAGUCACAGGAGAUAUCGCUGCUCCAGCUUCCGCAGCCACCGCCACAUGCGCCUCCGCGACUAGCAUUACCGGCACCUGCGUUGGAGCAAAGCAAUACGGUCAUCGUGACAACACCUUCAGGUAUUUUAAAUCAAGCGUUUGAAGGCGGUAGUAACACUCCGUCACCACAAGGAACGAUGUGUUUACCCACAGGGAGUGACGAAAGUCUACAAUCGCCGAUGAAAAUGGUGGAUGUGCAACAGGCGUGUCGCGACGAACAUCGAGGGCAGUCUCAAUCGACACCGACGGCUCAGUAUUUCCUGAAAAAGAGUGGUUCAUCGACGAAACCGAAGAGUAAGCGGGUUAUCAAAGCUCCGCCAGCGAGCUCGCUUCCUCGCGGAAUGCACUCUCCCACAAAGGCGCCGCGUCUCGAAAAAUUGAAGGACGUUAUUAUGAGGUCGCCCUCAGUUCACGAUAAGCGAGAAUAA